UGUAGAGAAGGUGAAAGAAGAACUAUAAAGAUUGAAAAAAUGGGAAAAUAAUGAUAAUUACACCUCACUAAGUCAAGUAUUAAGCGCUAACUUGGAGACGUAGCUCCAGAGAAUAAAAUCCACCGUCACUCUAUCAUUUCCAAGUCCCGUCUUGCUGAUCGCACUUCCCCGACUCUUUCAAACCAAAAUGGCAUCCAAACUCGGCGCUUGCUCACGCGCAACCUCACGCUCUGCUCAUUUCCAGGAAACCGGCAAACUCCUGUUUUUACCACUGGAACAAUCGCUAUUCGCUGAUAAAUCCAGAACCAGGAUCAUAGGAAGGUCGAGAAUUAGGACUUCGAAUGAUGGGAACUCGUACCUGGACAUGUGGAAUAACGCCGUCGAUCUAGACACGAACAUUGAGUUCCAAAAGCUCAACGAAACAGUGUUCGGAAUCGACAAUGGCGAUGAUGCUGACAAUGAUGGUGGUCAGAGAGUGAAUUUGAAGAAGAAAAGCGUGGACUUCAAGAAGAUUUUUGAUGUUCCCAAGGAGGAGAAGGACAGGAUUCAACGAAUGCAGGUCACUGAUCGGGCUGCAGCAGCGAUUGCGGCUGUUCGUUCCAUUCUUAGUGAGAGGCGGUUUGGGAAUAAUAAGACAAAUGACGAAGACGAUAGCAAUCUCAAAGGGGAAACUGGAGGCAGAGGGGGAGGGGGAGGAGGAGGAGUGGAAAGUAAACACGGAGCACCAAAUAAUGAAAGCAUUUUUGUGUCUCGAUCUGAGACUUCUGGAAAGGGAGUACCUGGACCAGAUUUUUGGUCGUGGAUACCUCCUCCUGAUACUGAGAAGAGUCAAUAUGAUGUUGACUUGCUGGCAGCUAAAAGAUCUUUGGUAUCUUCUAUUUUGGCAAGCCCUGUGGCAAUGAAAGAGGGAUGUUUAGGUUUUCUCAAUAUUCCAUUAGAGAGUAAACUUUCAGAGACAAACUUCAGACCUCCUAUUCCUCCUUUGCAGUCACUGAUGGAGGUAAAAAAAGAAGAGGUCUCCAUAUCUGGUCUGGAUAUGCCUUCUCUUAAAGAGGAAGAACACAAACUUAAUCUUUUAUUUCAAGCACAUGAACUAGAAGUGGCUCUUGUUCUUGAUGAAGUGGACGAAGAAUUUAGUGGAGUAGAUCCAAAUGGAUCAAGAUGGUGGAAGGAGUCUGGAAUUGAGCGAAGACCUGAUGGUGUGAUUUGCAGGUGGACAAUGACCAGAGGUGCUAGUGCUAACCAAGAUGUUGAGUGGCAAGAGAAGUUUUGGGAAGCUUCUGAUGAGUUUGGUUAUAAGGAACUUGGUUCAGAGAAAUCAGGACGAGAUGCAACUGGGAAUGUAUGGCGUGAGUAUUGGAGAGAAGCAAUGUGGCAGGAAUCUGGGCUUGUGCAUCUUGAGAAAACAGCAGAUAAGUGGGGGAAGAAUGGAAGAGAUGAUGAGUGGAAAGAGGAAAGUUUGGAACAUUAUGAUGCCUCUAAUCAAACAGAGAAAUGGGCACAUAAGUGGUGCACUGUUGACCCAACUACACAGCUUGAGGCUGGUCAUGCUCAUGUAUGGCAUGAAAGGUGGGCCGAGAAGUAUGACGGAAAUGGUGGCACCAUAAAAUACACUGACAAAUGGGCUGAGCGAUGUGAGGGCGAUAUCUGGACAAAGUGGGGUGACAAAUGGGAUGAACAUUUUGAUCCAAAUGGUCAUGGUGUCAAGCAAGGGGAGACGUGGUGGGAAGGUAAGCAUGGAGAACGGUGGAAUCGCACUUGGGGUGAGCACCAUAAUGGUUCUGGAUGGAUUCACAAGUAUGGGAGGAGCAGCAGCGGGGAGCACUGGGACACACAUGUGGAGCAGGAGACAUGGUAUGAGAGAUUCCCACAAUUCGGUUUCCAUCACUGCUUUGAUAACUCAAUCCAGCUCCGGGAUGUUCCAAAGCCAUCUCUGAUCGUCAUGAAGUUCUGAAGCCAUCUGUCCUACAUGAAGCAUAAAUGUCGUGUUUUCUAGUAUUGCACAGAAGCCGUAGAAACCUUUUCACAUCAACUGCAUUAAAUUUUCUUUUGUCAACAUAAUACAAUCACUUGGGCGUUUUCACAUUGAA